UCCUGCGUUCUACUGCUUUGCGCUAAUCUGCCACCAUCACUCCAAUUUGGCAAAGCUCCGUCUUUUAUCCUCCAAAGCAUACAAGUUUGCAACUACAACAGAUUUAAUAAUGAUUUGCAGAGCCUAAGCGAGACCCAUUGAUCUUUAAAGCUUGUGAAUCUUAUCUCUGAUGAGUUUUGCUCUAAUUCCACAAGAAUGGACUCCAUUCCUCUUUACUCCACAACUGCCACUACUUCGGGUGCAACUGUCAACUCUAUUACUGCUCAAUUCUGCUUGCCUUCCUCUUUGCACCCUAGAAAAUCCAGAAAUGUUUUCUUUGAGAAAAAACCCAGAAAAGUUUCAAUCUUGGCAGCUAAAGAUGAGCCCCCUAAGCUUGACCCUCUGGACCAAAUGGAACUCAAGUUCGGCAGAAUGCUUGGUGAAGACCCCAAAUUAACAUUGGCCAAGAUAAUGGCUCGGAAGUCUAAUCCAGAUGCGACUCAUCUAGAAAUUGAAGAGACAUUCGAGAAGAAGAAGAGAAAAUCAUCAGAUAGUAAAAUUGAGGAGGUUCCAUUUGACGUGGAAGAGGAAAAAAGGUCAGUCAGUUCGGUGGGUGGAUUAAAUUUGGUUCGUCCUGUAACCAGAAAAGGAGUAAAGGUUGAGGCUGACAAGAAACCAUCUGAGGGACAGGAUAAGAAACCAACUCAACCAGUGGCAAAUGUUGUUGAAAAUAGUCAUCGCAGCGUUCCCAAUGUGCUAUUACGAAAACCAUCCAUAUAUGACGAUGUCGAGAGUGAAAAAUCAUCAAGGUUAAGCAUUAGGCCAAACUUAUCACUAAGGAUGGGGAAGGAACCACAGAAGGAAAGAUUUAGUGAUAUUACAUUGCUGAAGAAGCCUGAACCGCUGAAAAUGGUCCCAGAUCUUGAGGGAGAAAAUGGUCAUUCAGGUGGUUCCAAAGCUGAAGAUGGUCGUGAAACUGGUAAUAGUAAUUUGGAUCCUGCACUUUUGAGAAUGCCAGAGCAGUUGGAAACCAAUUUUAUCAGUGAUCGAGCUGAUGAAUCUUCAGGAGGUUAUGCCAAUAGGUCAAAUGAUGUCAAUUCCAUAACUGAUGGUAAUUUAAACAACACCAACUCAUAUGCUGAAAUUGCUGCGAAAGGCAAUCUCAAUCAAGCUCUAGAAUCCAGGGUGACAAAUUCUUUUGAAGAGAACGAGUCUGCAACAGGAUUACAGCCAAGUGACUUAUGGUCUUCUGGGAAAAGUUCUGAUUCUAGUGAACCUUCUGCAACAAAAUUAGCAGAAUCUGACCCUGGGUUUUCUCUUGAUGCUUCACUUCUUGGUAAACCAAAAAGAAUGGACACCUCUGUAGUGACAACAUCUAAAAUUAGUAAAGAGGAAGUGAUGCCUGUGAAUCCUGAAAGCAAUGGCAAUGCUUUAGAUCUCGAGAACUUCCUUUCAUCACCCAUAAAGGAGCGUGAAGAGAAUGACUGGACAAAGGCUGAAGGUCUGGUCAAUUUGGGAGGAAGGGUAGAGGUGGAAAUCAUUAGCUCUAGCACCAGAGGAUUUACUGUAUCUUUUGGUACCCUAAUAGGAUUUCUGCCUUAUCGGAAUCUUGCUGCCAAGUGGAAGUUCUUGGCUUUUGAGUCUUGGUUGAGAAGGAGAGGUUUAGAUCCUUCCAAGUAUAAGCAACACUUGGGUGUCAUUGGCAGUUUUGAAACUGCUAGUGUGACUCCUUCUUCUGAGUCACAGUUAGACAUAGAUAUAGAUGACAAAUUGUACAGUGAGAUCUCUCCAGAUACAAAGCUUGAAGAUCUUUUAAGAAUUUAUGACCAACAAAAAUCCAAAUUUUUAUCGUCCUUUGUUGGUCAGAAGAUCAAAGUGACUGUGGUCUUGGCUGACAGAAAAUCUAGGCGGCUAAUAUUUUCUACUAAGCCAAAGGAGAAGGAGGAAUUGAUCGAGAAAAAGAGGAAUCUCAUGGCUAGAUUGAGUGUUGGGGAUGUCGUUAAGUGCUGCAUUAAGAAGAUUACAUAUUUUGGCAUCUUUGUUGAGGUUGAUGAAGUGCCUGCCCUGAUUCACCAGACAGAAGUAUCAUGGGAUGCAACUUUGGACCCAGCAUCAUAUUUUAAGAUUGGCCAGAUUAUGGAAGCAAAAGUUCACCAGUUGGACUUUUCCCUGGAACGCAUUUUCCUAUCACUGAAGGAAAUAACGCCUGAUCCACUGAUAGAAGCCUUGGAGGCUGUUGUUGGUGGUCAUGAUUCUUUGGAUGGCAAACUUGAAGCUGCUCAGGCAGAUUCAGAGUGGGCAGAGGUGGAGUCUCUUAUUAAAGAGUUGCAGCAGGGUGACGGUGUUCAAUCUGUGUCCAAGGGGCGUUACUUCUUGAGUCCUGGCUUGGCUCCAACUUUUCAGGUUUACAUGGCAUCAAUGUUUGAGAACCAAUAUAAGCUACUUGCUCGAUCAGGAAACAGAGCACAGGAGGUGAUAGUUGAGACGUCCUUGGGGAAAGAAGAGAUGAAAUCGAUCAUUCUGACCUGCACAAACAGAGUCCAGUGACAAAUUUUCGGCCCUAAGAGUUCCUUCUAUUGAGCUUCUCCUCAUAGGCGCAAUUUUUCCAUGUCUUCGCUGCCUGCUUCGGCAGAAAGGCAGUUUUAGUUCUAACACAAGCUGUAAUUAGUAUCAGUAACAUCAUUAGAAAAUGCAAUUAUAUCUAUUCUUCGGAGCAGCAGUACAUCUCCAGUUAUGUAUUGUUGGAUUGCCAUUUUUCCUCAGAAAAUUUUUACACUUUUCAUUAACAUA